AUGACGAACGAAGCAGACGGCGCCAGUCAAACAAGUGACCACCAGCCCUCCGCGAACAUCUCCAACCAAGGGACUCAAAGCCACCACAAUCCUCCUCUCGAUCGCGCAAUUAACAAUUCUCAGGCAACACGUGGUCAGCCUGAAAACGAAGUAACAAAGCAUCAGCCGCCUGCGAGCAUCUUAGCACCCAGCACUGCUUUCUUGCCUACCUCUGAAGGACCUACCCAAGCAGACUCGCGCACAGCAGCCUACGGCAACUACAUCGACAACACCUCAACCAAUCCAGCAAACAAGAUGGCCGACUCUGCUGAGCCCAACGGCAGUCCCAGCCAGCCAGGUGGUGCUGAGCCUCCGGCUCCCCCGACCUCAGAACACCUGAACAUCAAGGUGACCGACAACAACAACGAGGUCUUCUUUAAGAUCAAGCGAAGCACCAAGCUGGAGAAAUUGAUGACUGCUUUCUGUGAGCGCCAGGGCAAGUCGCUCUCGUCGGUGCGUUUCUUGUUCGAGGGUCAGCGCGUUCAGCCCCAGGACACUCCGGAUACUCUCGAAAUGCAAGACGGAGAUACUCUUGAAGUACACCAGGAGCAAGUCGGUGGCUUCUGCUGA